CUUUGAAUGUGAAAACAGCCCUAAUAAUAAUAUAAUAUAUAAUAAUAAUAAUCAUCGUUGAUGCCUCAGAUUCAUGCUGAGGUCCGUUCUCAGUGUUUUCCAGGAUCUGGUGGGUUUCAGAGACCUGGAGGGAGUUCACACCUGCUGGUUCCGCAUAUUUAUGGAUGUUUAAGAUAUUGAAAACCUUUCAGCCAACGAACUUCACAAAGUGAAAGAAAAUGUUGGUAACACUUAAUUUUACAGGUCCACAAAUUUCCUGGUAAUUAGGUGAUAAUUAGUAACCUAUUUGAAAUUUCUUUGGAAUUACCGCCAAAUUACUUCAAUAUUUACCUCAAAAUGUAUCAAAAAUUACUUUAUUAUAAACAUGAUUCAAUAAUUAUAUGCUAAAAUAUCAUCUAAAGGUCAAAAUAGGGCCCUGAGGCUGAGAAGUGGCUGCUCUUUAUCGGAUGUGGAAAACCAAAACUAAUAGAAGACACUUCUGAUCACCAUUGUGACUGAUUGUCUACACAGAUGUAACCUGGUAGCUGAUAUCAUGAUUCAUUUAUUAUCUAUUUAUAAGCAGACAUCGUAAUAAAGCAGAUCAAUUAACAUUGUAUUCUUUUCCUGUAAAUGUAUUAAAUAAAUUACCAGUUAUUGUGAAAUAGCGGAGUAUAAUUAUUAAAUCAUGUUAAUAAUAAAGUAAUUUAGGUAAAUAUUGGGGUAAUUUGGCAGUAAUUCCAAAGAAAUUUCAAAUCGGUUCCUUGCUAAUUAUCACCUAAUUACCAUGAAAUGUGCGGACCUGUAAAAUGAAGUGCUACCACAUGUUGCCGAAAUCAACAGAAUCCGUCUGAUUCACUGAUCUGAACCCACCUGAUCCAGACUCAGCUGAUCCAGGAUCAGUCCAAGUUCACCUGGAUAUGGAUCCACCUGAGACUGACUGAAGAUUUCUCACCUUUUCUCUGAAACAGGAGGAGCAGCAGACAUGGGUAGUAAGGAGCGUUACCAUUGGCUGGCUCAGAACGUGAAGGUGAGCGGCGUGGACGACAUGGUGCUGCUGUCCAAGAUCAGCGAAGACGCCAUCACGGAGAACCUGAAGAAAAGAUACAUGGACGACUACAUCUUCACCUACAUUGGUCCAGUUCUGAUCUCUGUGAAUCCGUUCAAACAGCUUCCGUAUUUCACAGACAGAGAAGUCGAGCUGUACCAGGGAGCGGCUCAGUAUGAGAACCCCCCCCACGUCUACGCUCUGGCUGACCAUGUGUACAGAAACAUGAUGAUUGACAACGAGAACCAGUGUGUCAUCAUCAGCGGUGAGAGCGGAGCUGGAAAAACUGUCGCUGCCAAAUACAUCAUGAGCUACGUGUCCAAAGUGUCCGGAGGAGGAGACAAAGUCCAGCAUGUUAAAGACAUCAUCCUGCAGUCCAACCCUCUGCUGGAGGCCUUUGGUAACGCCAAAACUGUCCGCAACAACAAUUCCAGCAGAUUUGGUAAAUACUUUGAGAUCCAGUUCAGUCGAGGAGGAGCUCCUGAUGGAGGAAAAAUCUCCAACUUUCUAUUGGAGAAGAGUCGAGUAGUUUCACAGAAUUCUGAAGAGAGAGGCUUCCACAUCUACUACCAGCUGUUGGAAGGGGCAAGUUCGGAGCAGAGGGAGAACCUUGGGGUCACGACCCCCGACUAUUAUUUCUACCUCAACCAAUCAGGAACCUACAUUGUGGAGGACAUCAAUGACAAGAAGGAGUUUGCUGAUACUAUGGAGGCGAUGUCAGUGGUCGGUCUAUCUGUGGAGGAACAGGAUUCAGUUCUUCAGCUUGUUGCAGGAAUUCUUCAUCUGGGAAACAUCGGCUUCAGAGAGGAAAACAAUUACGCUGUGGUCGAAAGCCAGGACUUCCUGGCGUUCCCGUCCUUCCUGUUGGGGAUCCCUCAGGACGGUCUCUGCAGUAAACUGACCAGCAGGGUUAUGGACAGUAAGUGGGGCGGGAAGACAGAGUCCAUCUCCGUCACCCUGAACACCGAGCAGGCCUGUUUCUCCAGAGACGCCCUGUCCAAAGCUCUGUACACCCGACUCUUCGACUUCCUCGUCGACUGUGUUAAUAAAGCCAUGCAGAAGGACCAGGAGGAGUUCAACAUCGGUGUCCUCGAUAUCUACGGCUUCGAGAUCUUCCAGAAAAACGGCUUUGAGCAGUUCUGCAUCAACUUUGUGAACGAGAAGCUGCAGCAGAUUUUUAUUGAGCUCACACUGAAGGCAGAACAGGAAGAAUACGUCCAGGAGGGGAUCCAAUGGAAGCCCAUCGAGUAUUUCAACAACAAGGUGGUCUGUGACCUCAUCGAGUCCAAACUGAAUCCUCCUGGGAUCAUGAGCAUCCUGGAUGACGUGUGCGCUACGAUGCACGCUAAAGGUGAGGGAGCAGAUCAGACACUACUGCAGAAGCUUCAGGGACAGAUUGGAUCCCACGAACACUUCAGCAGCUGGAAUAAAGGAUUCAUCGUCCAUCACUACGCCGGGAAGGUGUCGUAUGAUGUCAACGGUUUCUGUGAGAGGAACAGAGAUGUCUUGUUUAAUGACAUCAUUGAGCUGAUGCAGAGCAGCGAGUUUGCGUUCAUCAGAGCUCUGUUCCCUGAGAACCUGGAUUCGGAGAAGAGAGGGCGUCCGUCCACCGCCAGCAUUAAGAUCAAGAAACAAGCGAACACUCUGGUCCAGACUCUGAUGAAGUGCACCCCCCACUACAUCCGCUGCAUCAAACCCAACGAGACCAAACGUCCCCGGGACUGGGAGGAGAACCGGGUCAAACACCAGGUGGAGUACCUGGGCCUCCGAGAGAACAUCAGAGUCCGCCGGGCUGGAUACGCCUACAGACGAGUCUUCAACAAGUUCCUGCACAGGUACGCCAUCCUGACAAAGGAGAGCUGGCCUCGUUGGAAGGGCGAGGAGCGUCAGGGAGUCCUGCACCUCCUCAACUCUGUCCACAUGGACCAAGACCAGUACCAGCUGGGCAAGACCAAAGUCUUCAUCAAAGCUCCAGAGUCGCUCUUCUUGUUGGAGGAGAUGAGGGAGAGGAAGUAUAACGGUUACGCUCGGAUCAUCCAGAAGGCGUGGCGUAAACACAUUGCUGUCCGCAAGUACGUCAAGAUGAGGGAGGAAGCCUCUGACGUCCUGCUGAAUAAGAAGGAGCGCCGCAGAAACAGCAUCAACAGGAACUUUGUUGGCGACUACCUCGGGAUGGACACCCACCCAGAGAUCAGACAGUUUGUCGGCCGCCGAGAGAGGAUCGACUUCGCUGACGUCGUGGUGAAGUUUGACCGAAGAUUCAGGACCGUGAAGCGUGACCUUAUCCUGACCCCAAAGUUCCUAUACCUGGUUGGUCGAGAGAAGGUGAAGCAGGGUCCAGAUAAAGGUCAGAUCCAGGAGGUUCUCAAGAGGAAGAUUGAGGUCAACAAGGUCCAGUCUGUUUCCCUGAGCACUCUGCAGGACGACUUCUUCAUCAUCCACGAGGAAGAGUACGACAGCGUUCUUCAGAGUGUCUUUAAAACAGAGUUCCUCAGUCUGCUGGUCAAACGUUAUCAAGAGAAAACUGAGAAGAAGCUGCCGCUCAAAUUCAACAACCUUCUGGAGUUUAAGGUGAAGAAGGGUGGCUGGGGUCCGUUCAGCUCUUCAGGGUCCAGACAGAUCCAGUUCCAGGCUGGUCAGGGGGAUGAGGCAGUUCUGAAGCCCAGCGGGAAGGUCCUGCAGGUCGCCGUUGGACAGGGUUUGCCCAAAAACUCCAGGCCGACGAGGAAGGACAAACGCAAGAGUCGCUACAUGGGGAACCAGGCUCCGCCCACCAGCCAAUACAACUCAGCUCCUCACUCCAGAGGGGGCGGAGCUCCCAGAGGAGGCCCCACCUCCUCCAGAGGCUCUCUGCUGAGGCAGCAAUCCAGCAUGGAGCAGCCCAGUCUGCCCCGCCUCCAGAGCCAGCAUCGCCCCAACAACCAGCCCGCCCAACACGAUAUGGGCUUCAUGAAUGUCCCCGACCAGGGCGCCGCAGGGCUGCAGCGACGGCGGUCGAAGGAGGUGAAGCCUCUUCCUGGAGCGGGUCGACCCAAACCGGCUCCCAAACCGAAACCUCGGUCUCCGCAGUGCAAAGCUCUGUACGCCUACGACGCCCAGGACACGGAUGAGCUCAGCUUCAACGCUGAUGAUGUCAUCGAGAUACUCACUGAAGAUCCGUCUGGUUGGUGGUUCGGUCGGUUGCGGGGCAGAGAGGGUAUGUUCCCCGGAAACUACGUGGAGAAGAUCUAGACCUCCUCUCCGGAGGGGUCAGAGGUCGCCAACCUGCGGCAGCAGCUGGGGUCAGAGGUCACCGGAGCUUUCAACACAUCACUUGACAGGAAACAGGAAGCUGAAUAUAACAAGUUCAUUCAUAAACAAACACACAUAUGUUUCAGUCAGAGAGAUGUCAAUCAACCAGAGGUCAAAGGUCAGGAUCUGGUGCUCCUACCUGCUGACGGCUGGACUGAAAGUGUCCCCAUAACGCUGCGUGCAUUCAGGUUAAAUGUCCUCAUAAUGCUGUGUACCUUCAAGUUAAAUGUCCUCGUAACACUGCGUGCAUUCAGGUUGAAUGUCCCCGUAACGCUGCUUGGAUUCAGGUUGAAUGUCCUCGUAAUGCUGCUUGGAUUCAGGUUGAAUGUCCUCGUAACGCUGCUUGGAUUCAGGUUGAAUGUCCUCGUAACGCUGCUUGGAUUCAGGUUGAAUGUCCUCGCAAGGCUGCGUGAAUUCAGGUUGAAUGUCCCCGUAACGCUGUUUACAGUCAGGUUAAACGUCCCGUGUGACUUCAGUCUCUGAUCAUCUCUGACGGUUUUAAAGUAGCAGCUUGAUCCAAUUUUAUGUCAGUGUUACCAUGGAAACCUGAUAUCAGUGUUGAGUCCUGGCAGCGCCCCCUUCAGGCGUCAGUGUUUAUUACAGCCAACAAUAUGAAAGUGUUGACAGAACAAACAACAUACUGAAAAAAUCUGCAAUGAUCUUCUGACAAGACGUUAAACUGUUAAAGAUGAACAGAAACUAAACGUCACACGGAAACUUUAAAAUCUAAAGUAAAUCUUUUAUUCCUUUGAACAUGUAAAACGUGACUGAACACAUGAAAAAUCUGCAGGUUUUAUUUCUCUGAUCGAAAGAUAGAAUAAAAAGUGAUUUAGUAAAAUAUAUAAAUGGUAAUAAGAAUGAAUGUUCUGUACAUAUCAGUUCAGAGUCUGUAUGUUUUAUAGAAAUGAAAAUUAAUGUUGUUUUAGCUCAGAUGAUAAACUGACAUUUCAGUACGAACCUGUCUCAGAAAAACUAAGAAAACCUGAUUUGUUUUUAUUUAUUUGAAUAGUUUCAUCAGAGUUUCCUCAGACUUUCUCAAAUCAUCGAUAUGAAAUGAUGGGUUAAUUAAUCAGACAUUUUUUAUACAGAAACGCUUAAAGUUUAUAAGACUCUUGACUUUUCAGUCUGUCAUGAAAAUAAGAAAUGUAUCUAUAAAAUGAGCAGCUGGUGUAAUCUGGCACACACAUCAGGGAGAAUAGAAAUAAGGGAAACUACAUUACCCAGAGUUCCGUUCCUCCAGAGGGUCAUGCUGCCUUCAAACGCUAAAGGAAAUGUGACUUUAUUUUUACCAUUUAAGCUUGUUGUCAGGAUUUAUAAACAGCCUGAAACUUGUCUGUGUUUUUACACUUUAUUCUAAAAAUGUCAGAUUUCUUUGUCUUAAACACAUAAAGUCAUAAUAUUCUGAGGAAAGAACAAUCUGGUAUGAUAUUAAGACAAAAAGUCACAGUAUUAUAAGAAAAACAUUGUUAGAUUUCUGUAACAUGCCUGUUUAAAUGUAAGCGGACAGUUUUACCUUUUUUCUUCAAUCGAGUAUUAAAAUAAACUUCUUGUAAAAUCA